AUGGAGAAGUUCGCAUCUGAAGAGGAAAGAGACUCCAGUGAUGGAUUUGAAAUAGUGCUCCAUGAUACAGAAGAUGCCCCUGCAGUGAACGCAGAGCUUUUGGAGACAUACACUGUAGAGUGCGACAACAUUGCAGACAAACCUUGGAACAAGCCAGGUGAGGACAUAACAGACUACUUCAACUAUGGGUUUAACGAGUCCACCUGGAAAGAGUAUCUGGCAAAGCAGAAAAGGCUCCGAGACGAGUAUUACACCAGGCCGCGAAAGAAGGACCGGGACUGGAGGGACGGCGAAAGAAGAAGGAAGAUGUAG